AGGCGACCAAUACUCUCGUUCUCAAAACGAAGUGUGGACAGACGUAUCGCGUACCUUUCAUAGGUACCACCGCGAUACCACCCCCCGAUCCUCCUCCCCCGGAGCCUUCCGUGCCCACACCACCUACUUCUAUCACUCUCACCUCGCCUCGGCAGUUCGCCCACUUCAUCCGUAAGGACGACGUCACCUUCUUUAUGGUGAACGUGACGAAUCUCUUACACUAUGAUCCACCCUGUCUCGACGCCGAGCUCAUCCUUCUGGAGCCAGAUCCUCCUUCUAUGUUCCGGGCUCCCAUCUCUACUUCCGUCCCUCCGUCAUCCGUCGAGUCCAACCCGCCGCCUCGCACUGACGCUGACGCUGAGGAACUCGCACGAUAUACGGCUGACCUGGAACCCGCAGUUCGUGACCUCAUCCGAGAUUACCACGACGUUUUCCCAUCGUCGUUCUCGUAUGCCGGCAUCCCACCAAUGCGUGACGUCGAGCACUCCAUCCAGCUUGUGCCUGACUAUCGUGUUCACCACCAGGCACCCUACAGACUCUCGAUCCCCGAGGCCACCGAACUCAAGCGUCAGCUUGAGGAGCUCAUGAGACUGGGUUUCAUUAAACCCAGCAACUCCCCGUGGGGUGCACCCGUCCUCUUUGCUUGCAAAGCGGAUGGAACUCUUCGUCUCUGCAUCGACUACCUCGGUCUCAACCGAUACACGGUUAAGAACAACUACCCCAUGCCUCGUUCCGAUGAGCUGUUCGACCGCCUAGCAGGCAAUCGCUUCUUUACGAAGAUUGAUCUUCGUAGCGGUUACCAUCAGAUCCGCGUCGCUGCAGCCGACCAGUCGAAGCCCGCGUUCCGAUCGCGCUUCGGCAACUACAAGUUUACAGUGAUGCCAUUCGGCCUCACCAACGCACCCGCUACCUUUAAGAGGGCGGUGAACAACAUCUUCAGGGACAUCCUGGAGCAAUACAUUCUCGUCUACCUCGACGAUAUCCUGGUCUACAGUUGUGCCCUUGAGGAGCACCUCAGACACCUCCGCGACGUCCUUGACCGCUUGCACAGACAUGGCUUCAAUGCCAAGCUGAGCAAGUGCCGCUUUGCCCAGCACAAAGUGAAAUUUUUAGGACACUACGUGUCUGACCAAGGUCUCCACAUGGACGACGUGAAGAUCACUUCUAUUGCGGAGUGCCCCGCUUCCACAUCCGCCAAGCAGCUUCGCAGCUUCCUAGGCCUGACCAGCUACUAUAGUAAUUUCAUCCAGGGAUACGCUAGGUAUUCCUACGUCCUUACCUCCACCCUCCUCCGGAAGAACCUACCGUGGACUUUGACACCCCUCCACGAGGACGCCUUCCGCACCCUCAAGAAGGCGGUGACAUACGCAUCGGUUUUUCAUCUGCUCGAUUUUGAUCGCCCUUUUAUCCUUACCACUGACGUGUCAGACUUUGCUGUAGGAGCAGUUCUUUCUGAGGUCUUCCCCUCCUCUCCCGAUUCCUCUCAUCCUCGUAUCCCUCGCUUCCCACCACCUACCCUUACCACUGUUUCCCUACUGACGCCUACUCGUCCAGCUAUUGACUAGCCUUCUAUUGACUAUUCUCCUACCAUCGCCGAGGACGGUACUGUCGAGUCCCGCUCAGGUGAUUAUCCGAUAGCCUUCUACUCUCGUCAGCUCCCGCCCGCCGAGAGAAACUACACUGCUAAUGAACGUGAGGUUCUCGC